AUCACGUCAGGUGCACAUAAAAAUAAUUAAAUAACUUUAGAAUAAAUUCUCACAUUGCAUUGAGUGAAACUAUCGAAAUGAAUUUAUUAACUCAAGCUCUAUUUGUGGCAGCCGUAUGCUUUGUCGUUUCAAAUUCGGCCGAAAGGGACUCCAAGCUUGGAGAUCUUGUGACGAUAACGUUACCAAGUGUUGGACCGGAUGUUGAGAGAAAUUUUGGACAAGAUUACGUAAAUUGGAAAGGACCACAAUCUUUUAAUCGUUUACGUACACCGGGCUCAAAUUCCUCCUCUGACAGGGUCUACAAUGGGGUGGAGGCUACACCCUACCAGUUUCCCUGGGUGGUAUGGAUCGUCGUGACAUUUAACAAUGGCGACGAGUACUUUUGUGGCGGGGUUAUAAUCGACUACAACUACAUUUUGACCGCUGCCCAGUGCAUUUACCCCGGAAACACGAUUCGCAGACUGGACGUCGUAGCGGGGGACCAUGAUUUGUCAAGAAAUGAAGGUUGGGAGCAGACCAGGAUUGGAGUGAAUGUAACUAGACCGGGGAAUUAUAAUCCAAAUACAAAUGCAUACGACGUUGGGCUCAUCGCACUAAACAAUGCUCUCAUCCCUUCGCAUGCAGUGGGUCGAGUUGCGCUGGCGUAUCCAGGGUAUCCAGGGAGUUCUGGAAUACUGACGGUUUCCGGGUGGGGUUCGACUAGCGAAUUUGGUAACGUUGUUCCAAAAUUGAGAAAGGCUAACAUGACGGGGGUAUCUAAUUCUGCCUGCUCGACUGCGUAUUCGGGGUCGGCCACGAUUAGGAGUGAUAUGAUGUGUGCUAGGGGUGCUUCCGGCGGGAGUGGAGGCUGUGCUGGAGAUGCGGGAGGGCCGCUCAUGUGUCACAAUGAGGUGGACGGUUACUUCCUCUGUGGAAUUGUGUCUUUCGGUAUGGAAUGCAGUACGUCACGGUAUCCGGAAGUUUAUCAAAGGAUGUCGUCCUUCGUGACGUGGAUAAACGAUGCGGCAGGAAUUAACGUCCUUACGGCGGGACAUAUGGAUCCAACCACAACCACCACGACGACAACAACGACUAGGCGAUCUACAACGACGCGACGAGGAGGUGAUGGAGGAGGGUGUAGUCUGUCGAUCAAUUUCAUGGCACUAUUCAUCUCUGUGAUAUUUCUUAUUCGCAAUAGAUUAACCAAUGUAUAGUAAGGUUGUAGAAUUCUGAUAGACACGAAAAAUAAAGCAAAUCACGAGCUUAAUGAAGCAAGUGAAAAAAAUUCCUUGGUAAUUAAAA